AUGGCGGACAAACUCAGCACCAACUUUGAGACACUCCAGCUUCACGCGGGACACUCUCCCGACUCGGCUACCAAUGCCCGAGCCGUCCCCAUCUAUGCUACCACUAGCUUUGCCUUCAACGACUCCGCCCACGGCGCGAGACUCUUUGGCCUCAAGGAGGAGGGCAACAUCUACAGCCGCAUUGGAAACCCCACCGUCGAUGUCUUUGAGAAGCGGAUAGCUGCCCUCGAAGGCGGUGUUGCCGCUCUGGCUACUUCCUCCGGCCAGGGCGCUCAGUUCAUCGCCCUCACUGCCCUCGCCCAGGCCGGCGACAACAUCGUCUCUACCUCCAACCUCUACGGCGGCACCUACAACCAGCUCAAGGUCACCUUCAAGCGCUUCGGCAUCACCACCAAGUUCGUCAAUGGCGACAAGCCCGAGGACAUUGCCGCCGCCAUCGACGACAAGACCAAGGCCGUCUACCUCGAGAGCAUCGGCAACCCCCGAUACAACGUUCCUGACCUCGAGGCCAUUGCCAAGGUUGCCCACGACAAGGGCGUCCCCCUCGUUGUUGACAACACUUUUGGUGCCGGUGGAUACUUUGUCCGCCCCAUCGAUCACGGCGCCGACAUUGUCGUUCACUCUGCUACCAAGUGGAUCGGCGGCCACGGAACCACCAUUGGAGGUGUCAUCGUCGACGCCGGCAAGUUUGACUGGGGCAAGAACGGCAAGCGAUUCCCUCAGUUCAUCGAGCCGUCUGAAGGCUACCACGGCCUCAAGUUCUGGGAGACGUUUGGCGCCGUUUCCUUCAUCGUCCGCGCCAGAGUUGAGCUCCUGCGAGACAUUGGUGCCUCUCUCAACCCCUUCGCCGCCCAGCAGCUCAUCCUCGGCAUCGAGACUCUUAGUCUCCGUGCCGAGCGCCACGCCCAGAACGCUCUGGCCUUGGCCCGACACUUGGAGAAGAGCCCCUACGUCUCUUGGGUUUCUUACCCCGGCUUGGAGAGCCACGCUUACCACGAGACGGCCAAGAAGUAUCUCAAGAGGGGCUUCGGAGGCGUCCUGAGCUUCGGAGUCAAGGGCGGCGGUUCUGCCGGCAGCAAGGUCGUCGAUGGCUUCAAACUCAUCACCAACCUCGCCAACGUCGGUGAUUCCAAAACCCUGGCCAUCCACCCCUGGACGACCACUCACGAGCAGCUGAGUGAGGAGGAGAGAGUUAGCUCUGGUGUCACCGAGGAUCUCAUCCGAAUCUCCGUCGGCACUGAGCACAUUGACGACAUCAUUGCCGACUUUGAACAGUCAUUCAAGGCCGCUGGUCUCAGCAACUAA